AUACACCUGCCAAUUAAUUUAUAUCCAUUCCAGCAAUCCCAUCACCCCUUUUGCUGCCACCCCCUCUAAUAAUUGCAUCCCCCCAUCCACGCCCCGCCGUGAUCCCAUCACCCGCGUGAUCCCUUUGUCGCUACCAUGAAUUCCGUCAAGGUUCUCUUCAGCUCCAUAGACAACUUCAUACCGAACCAGGACCCACCGGCCGACCCGCCCGCGGACGAGGCCUCGGCUGAGUUGAGCCAGAUCUACGAGGACAACGAGGGUGAGAACGAGGCCGAGUCCCGUGACCUCUCCGAGUCUGAGUCUCCUGACCCCCAUAACCCCAGUGCAUCCGAUGUAUCUUCUGUCCACAAACUCGGAGAAGAAGAUGAGCUGUUGAACCCCCACUACUCCCUCCACGUUCUUUUCCAGCUCUUGCUCCGGCUCCCCCACCUCGUGGUGAUCAAACCACUAGCAUUUUUUUGGAGGUUGCUCCUCCACCCGUUUAGCCUCAUAUUGAAGUCAGUAGACUUUGACUACGCGUAUCACGUGGACGUCCAGGAAAAAAUGGACCUCAUAAAGCACGAAAACAUCCUCCUGAACUCCAUCAAGUCGCCCACGGCUUCAUCCAAGUACAUACUCCCACCGCCGCAACGACUCUUCCCUCUCGUGCGAAAUCCUGGCAAGGCCAGACGCCGCAAAACCUUAAUUCUUGAUCUCGACGAGACCUUGAUCCACUCAUUAUCCAAGGGCCUGCCACGAUCGUUGAGUGGCCAUGACCUGAACAUCAUUGAAAUCAAGUUGAAUAGUGUGGCCACCUUGUACCAUGUACAUCGACGGCCAUACUGUGAUUAUUUUUUGAAAGAGAUCUCCAAGUGGUUUGACUUGCACAUUUUCACCGCCAGUGUGCGGGAGUACGCCGACCCCAUCAUCGACUGGCUCGAGAACGAGGCUGCGAGUGACGAGAAGAUAUUUAAAAAACGUUACUACCGGAAUGAUUGCACCUACCGCAAUGGCGUGGGGUACAUUAAGGACUUGACCAAGUUUUUUCCGGUUGAAGACCUUAAGAACGUGAUUAUUUUGGACAACUCGCCCGUGAGCUAUGCGUUGAAUGAGGACAAUGGAGUGAUGAUCGAAGGGUGGAUCAAUGAUCAGAAUGAUAAGGAUUUGUUGAAUCUUUUACCAAUGCUUCACAGUUUGUCUUUGUGUAUUGACGUGCGGUUUAUUCUUGGGUUGAGACAGGGAGAGAAGGUAUUUGAGAGUUACCGUUGAGAAGGAGAGAAGGUAUUUGAGAGUUACCGUUGAGAAGGAGAGAAGGGGUUGGAGAGUCACCGGUAGACAUCUGGUACUUAUCUCCCAUCCUAAUGACACUAUAUAUGAAAAAUUACAAUAGACAAAACGCGAUGCGAAAUCC